GUGGCCACCACACCGGCCGCAACCUUCGGCCGCUGCUCCUUCUGCAUCCCUCCCGCGUGACACCUUCUCUUUAUGACAGUGACAGUGCCUCUCAGUGACAUAUGACAGAGCGAUAGUUAGCGCAGAGUAAAGAUGGCAAGGAUGGUGGGGGUGUUGGUAGGGGUGGUGUUAGUGGCUGGGGCAGUAGCCAAGCCUGAAGGAUUCUCCGGAUACGAGGUCAAUCGCCAGGCGCCUCCGGGAGGACCCAACGUGUGUGGCUCUCGUCACCGACCCUUCUGUUGCCCGGGCUGGCAACAGAAGACUGGCAACAACCUGUGUAUCAUACCAAUAUGCUCACGGGACUGCGGCUCGGGCGGACGGUGCGUAAGGCCGAACCUGUGCAUGUGUCUCGGCGGGUUAAUAUCUUCAGUCUGCGGUGGGAGAGGCGGUGGUAGAAACGGCAUCGGCAUCGGAGGCGGCAGCCGUGGCAUUGGAGGCGGCAACGGCGGCAUCGGAGGCGGCAACGGUGGCAUUGGAGGCGGCAACGGUGGCAUCGGAGGCGGCAACGGUGGCAUUGGAGGCGGCAACGGUGGCAUUGGAGGCGGCAACGGUGGCAUCGGAGGCGGCAACGGUGGCAUCGGAGGCGGCAACGGUGGCAUCGGAGGCGGCAACGGUGGCAUUGGAGGCGGCAACGGUGGCAUUGGAGGCGGCAACGGUGGCAUUGGAGGCGGCAACGGUGGCAUCGGAGGCGGCAACGGUGGCAUCGGAGGCGGCAACGGUGGCAUCGGAGGCGGCAACGGUGGCAUCGGAGGUGUCGGUGGAAGGCCCAAUGGCGACGGGUUGGGCACAGUUGACGGAGUAGCUGGCGGAGUAAGAACAAACGGUGCAAAUGGAAGAGGCUACAAUGGCUUUAACGGUGGUGUUGAUGGCAAUCGUGUUGAUGGCGGGGGUCGCAGGCCAGACUUGGGGUGCCAGACUUCAUGUCUAAAUGGGGGGACGUGUCAAGGGAAUCGAUGUGUGUGCCGUUUAGGCUUUAGAGGGGAACACUGUGCUGAACCUGUGUGCCAGGAGCCAUGCUUAAAUGGUGGUCGGUGUGUGGGACCAGAUCGCUGUGCAUGUGUGUAUGGGUUCACGGGCAGGCGCUGUGAAGCAGAUUACAGAACGGGCCCAUGUUUUACAAAAGUUCAACACGACAUGUGCCAGGGUCAGCUGCCAGGUGUAGUCUGCACAAAGCAGUUGUGCUGUGCCACCAUCGGCAAGGCUUGGGGACAUCCCUGUGAACACUGUCCAGAACGACUUGACUGUAAUAAGGGAUAUUUGAAGAAUAUUCACAGUUUACAGUGUGUUGACAUAGAUGAAUGUGAGGCCAUUCCUGGGCUGUGUGAAGGUGGUCGUUGUAUCAACAGUAUUGGAUCUUUCACAUGUGAAUGUCCUGAGGGCCAGACCAGGAAUCCAGAGACAAAUGCCUGUGAAGAUCGUAAUGAAUGUAAAGAUACUGAUGUAUGUCUAAAUGGACACUGUGUCAAUACUGAUGGCAGCUUCUACUGCAGCUGUAACACGGGUUUUAUUCCUAGCCAGGAUCGUACAAGUUGUAUAGAUGCUCGGCAGAGAUACUGCUACACAGAGAUCAGAGGCACUAAUCGUUGCAGGAAACCUCUUCCAAUUCCUCUUACUCAGCAAGCCUGCUGUUGCAGUAAGAAUAUGGGCAAGGCUUGGGGAGAGGGACCUAAUGACUGUGCUCCAUGCCCAAUGCCUGGAGAAGAACUCUAUCAAAGGAUUUGUCAAGCGACUGCAUUCAAGCUUCCCCCUGUAGAUGAAUGUACAAUAAAUCAGGGGUUGUGUGGUGAAGGUGGCCGGUGUGUUGACACCACUGAGGGCUACACAUGUCAGUGCUAUGAUGGCUUCACCCAUAAUGUUGUCACUGACAGAUGUGAAGAUGUGGAUGAAUGUCGGAGUGGGGCAUGUCGUGGAGGUCAGUGCUACAAUACUCAGGGGAGCUUCACAUGUCGCUGUCCCAUUGGCUUUGAUAUCUCCUCAGAUGGGCGAUCUUGUAUUGAUCAUGAUGAAUGCAGUGAAACAGGGAUGUGUGCUAAUGGAAUAUGCACCAACAUGGAUGGGUCUUUCAAAUGUGUGUGCAACUCUGGUUUCAUCCUCUCCUCUUCUGGUUUUGCCUGCAUAGAUAUUGAUGAAUGUGAGGAGAACCCGCUUAUCUGCUUGUCUGGUCGAUGCGAAAACCUUGAAGGGUCAUAUCGUUGCAUUUGUAAUGAUGGCUAUACUCAUGCCACUGAUGGAAGUUUUUGCACUGAUGUUGAUGAAUGCGGUGAGACAGGAAUGUGUGAACACGGUUCCUGUGUCAAUGUAGAUGGCUCCUUUAAAUGUGUGUGUCAGCCUGGAUAUACCUUGGCUCCCAGUGGCAAAACAUGUAUUGAUCUGGACGAGUGUGCCUCAGGACCAUGUAAGAAUGGUCGCUGCAUCAACACUGACGGCAGCUUCCAGUGUGAGUGCCCACCAGGUUUCACUUUAGGUGUUAAUGGUGUCACUUGUCUAGACACAAAAUUGGACUUCUGUUAUGCUGUGUAUCGUGAUGGACAGUGCUCCAACCCAUCAACCACACCCACCACUAAGUCAGCCUGUUGCUGCUGCACUGUGAUUCUUGGCCAGCCUAUGGGCUGGGGAACACCCUGCCAGUCGUGUCCUCAGACAGGCACUCAGGAGUUUCUAUCACUCUGUCCACAUGGAACAGGCAUCACUCAUGAAGGCCAUGAUAUCAACGAGUGUGCGUUGAACCCAACCAUUUGUCGAAAUGGUGCCUGUGAGAACUUGGAAGGAGGAUAUCGCUGCAUUUGUAAUCCAGGAUACAUGGUGGACGACAGUGGUCGCCUCUGUCACGACAUCAACGAAUGUGCCAUUGACAAUUUGCUGUGCGAUGGUGGCCAGUGUCGUAAUACGCCAGGGAGCUACCAGUGUAUCUGUCCAUCUGGAACACAGCUCAAUCCCAGCACACAUGUGUGUGAAGAUGUUGAUGAAUGCAACGAGCUUGGGGAGGAUGCCUGUGUAGGUGGCACUUGUGUCAAUGUCAUCGGCUCGUAUAGGUGUGAGUGUGAAGAAGGAACAAUUCUCGACUCGACUGGCAGGUAUUGCAUUGACAACCGACGUGGGUCAUGUUGGACUAAGGUAAAGGAUGGACACUGUGAAAACAAUCUACCCAAGUUGACUCUCAAAUCAGAAUGUUGCUGUACUAUUGGAAAAGCUUGGGGUUCCCCAUGUGAGAUCUGCAACCUUGGUGACUGUGACUGUCCUAUUGGUUUUGCAAAGAUGGAUGGUAAGACUUGUCAGGACAUCAAUGAGUGUCAGUUGAACCCAGGCAUUUGCCAGGGUGGUGGUGAGUGUGUCAAUACUGAUGGCUCAUUUACCUGCAACUGUCCUCCCGGCCUUACCCUUGAUGACACCAAGACCAAGUGCCUAGAUCUGCGAGAAGAGAUUUGCUACCUUGAAUUUAGAAAUGGAAUUUGCAGCAAGGAGUUAGAGGGGCUGUUCCGAAAAUCGAUGUGUUGUUGUACAGUUGGCAAGGCUUGGGGCGAGUUGUGUGAGGCUUGCCCACGCCCUAACACUGAUUCCUUUGAUGAGCUCUGCCCAAAAAGCUAUGGCUAUGAUGGACGUAAAGAUGUGAAUGAGUGUACAACUUACUCUGACAUUUGUGACAAUGGUCGCUGCAGAAACUCAGUUGGCUCCUUUUCGUGUCGAUGUAACCAAGGCUAUGCAUUGGAUGAAGAUGGAAUGAAAUGUGUUGAUAUUGAUGAGUGUGGCAUCAUGCACGGUGUUUGUGGAAAUGGUACCUGCCAGAACACUGCAGGAUCCUUCAUAUGUGACUGUGAUGAAGGCUUUGAAUCUACAAUGAUGAUGCAAGUUUGCAUGGAUAUCAAUGAGUGUGACCGCAUCACUAGCCUGUGUCGUGGUGGCCGCUGCAUAAACACUCCAGGGAGCUUUAGGUGUGAGUGCCCUCCAGGCCAUGAGCUCUCCUCAAAUCAACGCUUCUGCAAGGAUAUUGAUGAGUGUUCUCGUACAUCAGGCAUCUGUUCUAAUGGUGUGUGCGAAAACAUGAUGGGCACGUACCAGUGUAUGUGUAAUGAUGGAUAUCAACAAACAGGGCAGAAAUCUCACUGUGAAGACAUCGACGAGUGCAGUUUAAACAACGGUGGCUGUGAUGAUAUCUGCAUUAACACUCCGGGACAUUUCUCUUGCUCCUGUUCUACUGGAUACAUGUUGCUCAUGGAUGGACGUUCUUGUGCAGAUGUUGACGAGUGUAAAGAAAAUUCCAAGAUCUGUGCAGGUGGUGUAUGUACUAAUACUCCAGGCAGCUACAUGUGCACCUGUGAGGGAGGCCUCCUUCCAGACUCUGAUGGGCCUGGCUGUCUUGAUGUUAAUGAGUGUGAAAUGAACCCAAAUCUAUGUCAAAAUGGCAAGUGUGACAAUGCAGUGGGAUCAUUUGCCUGCCGUUGUGAGAAUGGCUAUAGUGUCAAGUCAGAACUUGGCCCCGGCUGCACUGACGAUGACGAGUGUUCCCUUGGCUCAUUCCGAUGUGACCAGAAUGCUGAAUGUGUCAACAUUGAUGGUACAUAUGAAUGUCGCUGUCGAGAUGGUUUCACAGGUAAUGGCAAGACAUGCCGAGAUGUAAAUGAAUGUCUCACGAAUAAUGGCGGCUGUGAUCGUGAUGCUCAGUGCAUAAACACAGAUGGUUCCUUUAAAUGUGUGUGUGAUGCUGGCUUCCGUGGAGAUGGUUUCUUCUGUGAAGACAUUGACGAGUGUACUCAAGACCCAACCCUGUGUGAAAAUGGCCAAUGCCUUAAUUUUCCAGGAUCCUUCCAAUGUGAUUGUGAAAUGGGCUUCAUGCAUCCUGAUCCUCACAAUGAGCAAGAGUGUGUUGAUAUUGAUGAGUGUGACAUGUUUAGCAACCUAUGUGUAUUUGGCCAAUGUGAGAAUAUAUUUGGCAUGUUCCGCUGUAUUUGUGAUGAAGGCUACCAUUUAGAUGAAACUGGUGGGAACUGCACUGACAUUGAUGAAUGUGAUAAUCAAGAUGUAUGUCUAUACGGAACAUGUGUAAACCAGCAAGGAGCACACAUCUGCGAGUGUCCACCACAUCAUGAACUUAUCAGCUCUGGUGAUGGAUGUAUAGAUCGCCGUGAGGGUGAGUGUUAUCUGGAUGUGGUGGGGGUAAGAGGAGGGCAUGGAGUAUGUCGUGACCCCUUGGGUGAACCUGUUACUAGGACCACAUGCUGCUGCUCCAUUGGCAAGGCCUGGGGACCUUUGUGUGAGGUGUGCCCACAAGAAGAUUCAGAUGAACACAAACGACUUUGUCCUGGCGGUAAAGGCUUCCGACCAAACACAAUCACUGUAAUUCUGGAGGAUAUUGAUGAAUGUGCAGAGAUGGACAACUUGUGCGAUAAUGGCCACUGUUCCAACACCUUCGGCUCCUUCAUGUGUUCGUGUGACCGAGGAUACAGACUGAAUGCUGGAGGGUCACUUUGUGUAGAUGUUGAUGAAUGUGCAGACAAGAACAAAUGCAAGAAUGGACAUUGUUUCAACACUAUUGGCAGUUUUGAGUGCCAGUGUCCAGAGGGCUACAUGCUGCUGCCUAACCGUGCCGAAUGUAUAGACAUGAGAGAAGAGACUUGCUUUAUGAAUUAUGAAGAUGGAAUCUGCAGUGUUCCGAUGAGAGCUGACAUCACGAAAAUGAAAUGUUGCUGCUCGAUGGGUGCUGCCUGGGGUUUCAGCUGUGAGCCAUGUCCAGAGAGGAAUACAUUGGUCUACAGCGAGCUUUGCUUUACUCGUACUAUUGUUGGUCCAAGUACAAUAGGUGAAGAAGAACGAGGGAGAGGACCUCAUGAUGAUGGUGAUGGUUAUGGGAGAGAAAUACCUGGGGGACCUGGAAGGCCUGGAAGGCCUUCAGGACCUGGAGGGCCUUCAGGACCUGGAGGGCCUUCAGGACCUGGAGGGCCUUCAGGACCUGGAGGGCCUUCAGGACCUGGAGGGCCUUCAGGACCUGGAGGGCCUUCAGGACCUGGAGGGCGAGGUCCUAAUGGGAGAACUAGAGAUCCUGAUGGCAAAACUCGAGUCCAUGAAGAUGGAGACAUUCCUGGGGAAAGCACGGUCCCUGGAAGCCCUGGAGAUAGAAGAAGACCUGUAGUCAUACCAGGAGAAGAUUUUCCUGGAGGUAUUAAUUUUGGAAGUGGUGAUGGAUAUGACGACUAUGAUGAUGAACACGGCAAACAAUUUAGACCUGGUUAUAGACCAGAUCCAAUGGAUCCUGGCCAGGUAAUUGAUCCAAUCACUGGCAAAGCUGAAGACUUUGAUGAGUGUGAGCUGAUGGGUCACAUGAUGUGCAAGAAUGGCCGCUGCAUAAACACCAUGGGCUCCUUCCGCUGCGAGUGCAAUCUUGGCUUCCGCUAUGAUGAACCCAGUCACAUGUGUGUUGAUGUCAAUGAGUGUGAUGAGCAGACACCAUGCCAAGGAUUAGCCAAGUGUGAAAACACGGUGGGAAGUUACCGCUGCUCCUGUCCUACUGGCUACAGAAUUAACAGACUCACAAAUGACUGUGUUGACAUCAAUGAAUGUGAACAGGAUGGGGUUUGUCAACAUGGCGUCUGCAAUAAUUUUCAGGGAAGCUUCCAGUGUAUAUGCGACCCUGGUUAUGUGCUUACAGCAGACCGCUCCUCGUGUAUUGACUUGGAUGAAUGUAUACGCUCCCCCAACAUCUGCAAUAAUGGCACUUGCCUCAAUUCCAUGGGAUCCUACCAGUGCCAGUGCUAUCGAGGCUUCAAGAUUGGCCCCAACCGUGACUGUAUCGAUGUGAAUGAGUGCCUGAUCAAUGUUGGUCUUUGCGUCAAUGGUCGCUGUCGCAACACAGAAGGUUCAUUCAGAUGUGUGUGUGCUGAUGGCUAUACUCUCACACCAAAUGGAGAGCAGUGUCGUGAUAUUAAUGAGUGCUCUGAGCGUGAAGAUGUGUGCCCUGCCCCUGGACGUUGUCAAAAUCUGAUGGGUUCUUUCAUCUGUGAUUGUCCCGAAGGAUUCAAAUUGGCCCCCGAUGGAAUGUCAUGCAUUGAUAUUGAUGAAUGUGCCACUGUUGAGGACAUCUGUGACAAUGGUAAUUGCGUCAAUGGUCGAGGCACGUUCCAAUGCAUAUGUCCUCCUGGUUUUGAAGUUAGUCCAGAUGGCACAAAGUGUACUGACCGUCGCCAGGAAGAGUGUUAUGAGAGAUACGAGCAGGGUAUAUGUCUGGAACCUCGGCCAGUCAGGAUCCUCAGGAAAGAGUGCUGCUGUUCUUCUGGUGCUGCUUGGGGCCUGACGUGUGACCGCUGUCCUCCCAUUAGUUCCGCUGAGUAUGAGAAGCUUUGUCCACUGGGUCCUGGGCGAUCGGAGUCCGGUGCAGAUUUGAAUGAAUGUGUGAUCAUGCCUGGAUCAUGCCAAGGAGGUGAUUGUGUCAACACUGAUGGUUCCUUCCGUUGUGAAUGUCCCAUGGGCUACGUUCUUGACAGUUCUGGCCGGCGCUGUAUUGAUGACAAUGAAUGUGCUGUUGCCAACAUCUGUGGUAAUGGAACUUGUAGCAAUGUGGAGGGUGGAUUUGAGUGUUCUUGCCAAGAUGGAUUUGCACCAGGACCAAUGCAAACAUGUGAGGAUGUGGAUGAGUGUGAGGAACUAGGCCACCAGUGUGCCUUCCGAUGCCACAACAUGGCUGGGGCCUUCCGUUGCAUUUGCCCGUAUGGCUACACCUUGGCUCCUGAUGGUCGCCAUUGCCAGGAUGUUGAUGAGUGCUCUACUCCAGCAAACAAUUGCAGGUUCCUUUGCAAAAAUUUGAUUGGAACUUUCAUGUGCAUAUGCCCCGAAGGAUACCAACAGGUGGGCAUGACAGAUGACUGCAAAGAUGUCAAUGAGUGUGCCCUCAACCCCAACAUCUGUAAGAGCGGUCGUUGCAUCAACACUAAGGGCUCCUACAGAUGCGAGUGCUAUGAAGGGUUUGUACCCAGCAGAGAUGGAAAGCAAUGCAUUGAUCGACGUGAGGGAUUCUGCUUCAGGCAGCUUAUCGGUGGUAUGUGCUCGACCACAAGUGACAGCCUGGUAAAGGUAACCAAGGCAGAUUGCUGCUGCACAAUGGGCCUGGCUUGGGGCCCAAUGUGUGAACACUGUCCACGUAGAGGUACACCUGAGUAUGAUGAAAUUUGCAUGGAGGCUGGCUUUUCCAGUGAUGGCCUUGAUAUUGAUGAAUGCCAAAUGCCAAAUCUUUGUAGAAAUGGAAAAUGUAUCAACACCAUGGGCUCCUACCGAUGUAUCUGUGACAAAGGUUACAAGCCAGACCAUUCUGGAACAAGGUGCAUUGAUGUGAAUGAAUGUGAACGUACACCCCCACCAUGUAAGUUUACCUGCCAAAAUACUGAAGGCUCUUACCGCUGCUCCUGUCCACGUGGCUAUACACUCAACCCUGAUGGUAUUACUUGCCGAGAUCUUGAUGAGUGUGCAACAGGUCAGCACACCUGUGAAAAUGAAUGUGUUAACACUCAAGGCUCAUACAAGUGUACAUGUGCUCAAGGAUACAACGAAGUUGGUGAACAGUGUAUUGAUAUUAAUGAGUGUGUGGAGCAGACUGGUUUGUGUGGUCCACUGGGUACAUGUAUAAAUACAAGAGGAAGCUUCAGAUGCAUGUGUCCUCGCGGAUAUCGGCUUGAUCCUUCAGGGACUAUGUGCAUUGACUCUGAUGAGUGUUCUCUUGAUGGGUCUUGUGAAUCAGGAUGUGAGAACUUGCAAGGUGGAUUCCUGUGUGGGUGUCCCGAUGGUUACCGCCGCCACCACUACUACAACCAAUGCGUGGAUGAUGACGAGUGUUCGCAAAGUACUAUGUGUGGCUCUGCAGAUUGUCAAAACACUCUUGGUUCAUACAAAUGUCUUUGUCCUAACGGAUACUCCUUCAACUUUGCAUUGUUUGUCUGCAUCCAGGUAGAUGAUAGCUGUAUAUCCAGUCCCUGUACCUUUGGCUGCAAUGCCCUUGGUGAUGAUGCUGUUGCCUGUGGUUGUCCCUCAGGCUUCUCCAGGAUUGGUUCUGGUCACUGUAUGUCUACCUUAAAUCCCCCCGUUGGUAGUGGUGGCUACAACACUCAGUUUGGUGGAUUUGGUGGUGGUGGUCCAGGUGCUGGAUUUGGUGGUGGUCCAGGUGCUGGAUUUGGGGGUGGCCAAGGUGCUGGAUUUGGUGGUGGUCAAAGUGCUGGAUUUGGGGGUGGUCCAGGUGCUGGAUUUGGGGGUGGUCCAGGUGCUGGAUUUGGGGGUGGUGGUCCAGGUGCUGGAUUUGGUGGUGGUGGUCCAGGUGCUGGAUUUGGUGGUGGUGGUCAAGGAGGUGGAUUUGGCCCUGGUGGAUUUGGUGGUAGCCCAGGAGGCCCUGGUGGAUUUGGUGGCAGCCCAGGAGGCCCUGGUGGAUUUGGUGGCAGCCCAUUAGGCCCUGGUGGAUUUGGCCCUAGUGGAUUUGGCCCUGGUGGUGGCCCAGGAGGCGCUGGUACAUUUGGCCCGGGUGGUGGCCCAGGAGGCCCUGGUGCAUUUGGCCCUGGUGGUGGUGUUGGUGGCACAGGUGGUUAUGGAGGUACCAGUGGCUAUGGAGGGAGCAGUGGUGGCCUAUAUGGAGGUGCUACAGGAACUGGAGGGUAUGGAACUGGUAGCUUUGUAGGAGGCAGCACCUUCGGCUAUGUGUCAUCGCAGUAUGAUCUGGGUGGUGUACCAACCUUCCCCAUUGGCCAAGAGGAUUCACAUGACAAUAAAAAUAUCAUCUCAACUGAGGGAUGCUUUUCAUGUAAAUUCAAUGGGCAAAAUAGUCAGCCAGGUCGGCGUAGGCGAUCUGUGAGUUCCCCUGUUGUAAACCCAAUACUGCUGGUUCCAACUAAAGCCAAUUUGACUGAGAAUGAAGUGGUGUUGGUCCUUGCCAAUAAUUAUACACACAGGGUGAUGCGGCGCAGUUUGCAAGAAGAGUUUAAACGACAAGACAGUAUAUCUCACAAAGCAGCCAAGAACCCAAUCAUACUUAAAGUUUCUUUGGAUCAGACCAAACAUAGAAUGAGACUCCUUAAACUAAAGCCUGCAAUUAAAUACCUGCAGAAUAAUGUAAAAUAUGAAAUUGUAAAAGGUAAUGAAGCCAAAGUGUUUGAAAUGCGAUCACACCAUGGAACAUCAUCGCUACACUUCCGCCAACGUUUACAUCAACCAGCUACAUUUGAUAUUGAGAUAACAGGGCGGCCGCUCGAUUAUUCCAACAUCAGUGAUCAAGCGCAUAGUGAACUUGAUGUUAACCUGAGGAUCAUUGUGACUUACUAAAAUUAAACUUUAAUUAGAAUAUAUGUUGAUGUAGAACCAUCAAAUUUUCUUAUAAUUAAAGAACUUACAAGCAACUAAGUAUUUCACAUUGAAAUUGUGAUUUUAUAUAUAUAUAUGAGACCUUAAGCUACUGGUUUAAAUACUAGUGAUACAGAGCCACACCCAGUGGGUGACAAGGACUUCAGUACUGUAAUGACUUAUCCAGUACUGUAAUGACUUAUCUCUGGUCUCUAAGUUUUUAUCAGCAUGUAAAACCAACAGCUUAAAUUUAGUUUAUUUCCAGAGAUGACUGUGUUAAACUUAUAUUCCUUAAGUGAAAAAGGUACAGAUACUGUUUUAGAUAAAAAGUGUUGUUUUAAAAUUUAGAAGAGAAAAUUUUGGUGUAAAGAUAAAAGCCCUUCAUUGAUAUUAAACCCAUAAUAAUUUACCUGACAAAGGGUAACUUUUUUUUCUAAACAUUUUCCACAUUUUAAAAUAUUUUCUCUUCUCCAUGGUAGUAUUUCCUGUACAUUGGAGUUUAGUGUACUUAGUAGUCUUUAGUGUUUCUUCCUCAGUAGUACAUUAGAGUUACGUGGAGCUGAAAAUAUUGUAGGCUAUAGAUGAAUUAAUAUUGUAACGGUGAUAUUUUUGAAGGUGCUAAUAUUCACUUGGCUUAGCUUACUUAUGUAUUUACUGAUAAUCUAAGAGCUUCAUUAUUUUAACAAUACUGAACAGAUGUCUUGCAACUGGUGACAAUAUGCAUCUGACUAAUUUCCUCUUUAUUUAAUAUCCAUUCUUGAGAUUUUUAUAAUAAACUUUAUUAUAUUAUUUAUUUGUUAUUCUUUUCUUAGUUUUCUUGAGACAAUGUUGGAAAUGCCAGUCUCUUGCACAGCUGUUCAGUGGGGGCUCUGACACCAGAUCCUAUCUUAAGAUCACAUUAACCAUCACAAUGUGAGCCGUGUCCAUGACAUUUGUGUAAUUUUGAAAAUUUGGUAUUAGACAAAUUUUUAAAUGGCUAGUUACUGUGACAUUAGGACAGAUUUGGUGAAAGACCUCUUGAUAUGUGGUGUCCAACUUUCGAACAAUCAUAACGUCUAGUCCUGGAACAUUGCAUCUCUUGCAGGGUAUGGGAUAAAGUUAUAUUGACACUAUCAUUUAUAUUCUUGAGGUUAAUUAUAACCUUCAUUUUUAGGAAAACCCCAUCAGUUGCUUCCUGGUGCUUAAGCACAUAUUUGAGAUCCACACUUCCAGAAGUCAGGAUCAGACUGGCUCUCUUACAGAAGCGAGGAUAGCUUUGGGAUCAGAGAUCAACUCAAAACUGAGGAAAUCCCAGUAGAAAGUCAAAUGAACCAAAACAAACCCCAGUUUAAAAAAGAAAGAUUAAAAGAGGUAAACAGGGCAAAUGAUAUUUUCCUGCAGGAGUAGAGCCUAGGGUUCCAUCUCAUAACCUACUUCAUUCACUCUCCUGGUUCCAUUAGGAUUAGCUAGCCUCUUGAAUUGAUUCACCUUUCUUAGCAUAGAUAAAUGGAAUUAUCUGUUCCUGGAACUUUGAUCUCAUGCAGGACCAUUGCUUUGUUUUUUACCAUUCAUAAUUAUUUCCAGUUUACAAUUUUGCUCCACCUUUGGUUGAAGGUUCUCUUUCCUGAUUUGUUGGUUUGCAUCUUCCUUGAGAUCUUUUUUAUGAGUCUUCUUCUUUGAGAAUGUUAAUGGCUCGUAUUAUUGCUGGGAUUGUACGUCACGUUCAUUAAGUAAUGAUAACUGCUCUGCUCUUGCUUAGUUUCUCUUUGUUUUGUAAAUUACCUGACAAAGUAUGAAAGCUAUAUUUAUUUUCUUCUUACAGCUAUAUUCUCGGACAUUCAUUUUAGAACAUUUUGAUACUCAAUUUUUUAGUUAUUUUAUAACCUAGAAAAUAACUUUAAAAAGUAAAGAUGAAUACAAAUGUUAGAACUCAUGAAUGAGACCCUUAGAGGCCUGGUACUUUUAUGGUCGGGCAUGUGGCAAGGGACCAGAAUACUGUAUUAAGAUGCAUUUCUGUGUUUUGGGGUUUGGAUGGCCAUCCCAGUUGCCUGUCUUUCUGCUCUUAGGUGCAGGGUUUUCCACCCUUGGAUGUGUAACAAAGUCACAGACCUUUUCAACUGGCUGAUUUUCACUCUUUGGUGCUAGCAUUUUCCUGAUUACAGCCUCCUGAUUUUUUACCUUGCAGUACAGGCCUUUACAUACCCUGGCUGCUGCCUGCAUGGUGGUUAUACUCUCUCUGCUUUCUAUUGGAAAGAUCCUGAGUGCUUGCUCUUAUCCAUUGAUCCUUCUGAUCUAGCCGUUGGUUGUCUUCCUCAUCCAGUUUCUUUUUGUUCAGCCUCCCAGCCUCUCCCAUUGAGUCAGACCGAGAUAUCUUUGACUUGUGGACCCACAGGCACCAGUGGCGGCAACCACUGGGAUUGUUUCCCCCCUUUGGGAUUUUAAUGACAGCCUCAGAGGUAACUUAUCCUUCUGCAAUCCCCUUGGUAUGGUGGAUUUUUUUUUUGGGGGGGAGGGGGUAAAAAGCUUGGAGGUCUCUGUUCCUAGCACUCCACACUCCUCUUUUCCUAUAGUAAACUCCAACCCUGGCCAUUCCUCUUCUGUGAUGGGGAAGCAGUGUCAAGAUUUUGUGGUUGUCUGAAAAGGGUUUGUGUUUGCCCUGUGUCCCUCUUGGCGAACUUUGUUUCUAGGCUUGAAGGUUUAUUUCUACUGUGGAGGUUUUUCUCUUGUAUUUCCACUACAUACAAGUUAGGUGGGUGCCUUACAGCCCUUCCUGCUUCCUGGGUGGGUUUCCAUUACCAGACUGGAAUAGCUUACUUUGAAUCCCAUGGAACCAUAACUAUGCAUCUUGGAUACAAUAUACUGCUUGCAGCAGCAUUUUUAUGCUUACUGUCCUUAUCCCGAGAGUCGUGGUGCUUGUGGCUUAAGAGGCACAACAAAUUUGCUUCAGCCCUUAGAAGUUUUAUUUGACAUGCUUGUUUUAUUUUCUCAAUACAUGUUUUUUUGCAAGGCGAGGUAUUUUCCUAUGGUUUAUUGGCCUUUCAGCUCUACUGCUUGUGGCUUCUAGUUGUGUGACCUGGGGCCUCUAGUUAAGUACCUGGGAGCACCUAAUUGUGUGCCCUGGGACUCUAGCCACUGUGCCUGGGCACUCCUAUUUGUCUUUUGUGGGCAUGGGGGUGAAACUAAGGAUGGUUUUAACAAUUUUAUUUAAAUAAAAAGGAAGAAGAAAAUGUUUAUCAUUCAUGUUGCAUGUGGCAAUAGAGAUAUAAUUUUUUAAAUCUAAUUACUGUACCUACUCACAAUUAAAAUUAUUAUAUAGUGUUAUAACAAAUAUUUAUUACCUAAAACAGAUAAGAUAAAAAUGGCUUGGUAAAUGAGAAACACACACUGCAACCAACCAGUACUCUGUGUAGGCACACACUGAAGAAUGAAGCCACCCAAGUUGGCUUGUCACAUGUGCCAGCAUCUGACAGUGGCAAGCCACAACCUACCACAACAUUACAGUCUAUAAAACAUUCUUUAUUGUUUACAUAACAACAUGUUGCCACUAAAAUAUAUAUUCAAUUUGUAUUGCAUGUUUUUGUGAUCCUAUUCAGGUGAAGUGGAUGAAUUCCACAACUGGGGUUUUCUAAGUUUUAUGCCAAUCUCUGAUCCCCAAACUUCUGUCAUCACCUUGAAAGGUGUUCCACAUUUUUGACACAUUUGGGUGUCCAGCAAACCACUGAUGCUUCUCUGGCACUUGGAAGAUCAGUGUGGGUUUUGGAAGCCUUGUACAUUCCUACAGCAUAGUAGUUGACGUGUUUAAGCACCAAGCUACUAAAGGCCUAGCAGACAAUGGCAUUUCAUUACAUUUAAUGCAAUGCUUUUUUUAAGUUAAUAGUUUUACUUUUUAUUUUAGUAUUCCUGUCUGCAAUUAUGGCCUGUGUCAUGGUUUCUCUGGAGUGAUUCUCCAAAUGAUGAUUUUCUAAAGUUUAGGCAUUCAUUUACUGUAUACAUAUAAGUAAUUUAAAUUCCUUGAUAUGUAUUGUAUAGGCAUUUAUUUUGACUUUGAAGCAUCCAUAGAUUGGGAGAUGCAGUGUCCAGUUCGGUCUCAGCAUUGUUCAUCCUCACUGCCAAAGGACAUCACUUGUUCAUAUUAAAAACUCACCUUAGAAUUAAGAAUUAAAUUCACAAUCUUUAUAUAGAGAAGCUUAUAUAAUGAGAGGCUGCAUCAUGCUUUUAUAAAUCUUACAAAACUAUUUUAGUUUGUAUUAGGAUCAUGUUUACUAUCAUCAUAGUAUGAAAAAGAGUCACCUCCAAAAAAAUAUAUAUACAAAAUUUAUAAUUUUACUGGUCUUUUUACAUUAUAUGUUACAGAAAUAGUUGCAAACAAAAAAAAAAACAUUUACAACAAUUUGAAAAUAUAUUGAAAUUGAUUAUAAGAUAAAUGAGUAAUUCAGCCGAUCUGAUAUUUCUCCUGAUUAAAGCAGAAAAGCAGCCAGACUCCAAUAAAGUUAGUGAAGUAAAUGCUUAUUGAAAAUUAUGCACUCAUUCCAUUCAACAUCAACUAAUAAUUUUGUUUGUAUAUUCAUCGGAGUUGUAUAUGUUUCUUGCCAUAUUUCAAAGCAAGAUGGUCUAAGCACUAUCUUCCCUGGACACUGUGCCAAAUGUCAACAUGUGAGACUUCAAAUCUAACAGCAGAGUGCUUAAAACUUGUUGGACAGGAAAAGCUAGGGAAGGCAUUGCUAUUUAAUGGGACAAAAACAAACAUAAAUAUAAAAUGAGGGUAAGAAAUCCACAACGAAAAGAGUGAGGAAGAGAAAACCAAGAAGGAAUAGCAAUAUCUAAGAUUGUGUAGUUUGAGACUGUGAUAUACCACUGCAUGGGGCUGCUGUGUGAAUGUGGGAGAAUGGAGGUCAUCAGGACAAAAGUUCCUUUUGGCAAAUUAAAAAGUUUUCCUGGGAUUGGCUUCUCUGGAAGACUGCAUGCUUAUUCCACAUGUUUGGUCAAUAUUAAUUUCAUAUACUGAAUUAUAUGAUUAUUUCUUGCACUAAAAAUACUAUUCUGUUGAUGCAAAUAAACUUCACAUUCAUCUCAUCAUGUGAACAUUGCAUGUUUCAUGUGACAAUAUCCAGUACUGUACUCUUUGUUACCAUAGGCAGUCCCUUCAUUUCAUAUAGAAUAAAUCAUUCCAUAUUCUUAUUACUGUAAUAAUUAAAUACAUCAAACAAAAAAACUUUCUUUAUAUAGCUACUUCUUCACUCUGUUCAAUGGUGCUUUUAUACCCUACAGCAAGCAGUUAAUUCACUCUAUAUGAUAAAUUAACACAUUCCAUAUACUAAUGCAUCACUCAUGAAAAUUAAUUCAUAACAUGCAAGAAAUUAAAUUCCUUUUCUUAAAAUGUGUAAAUCCCUGAAAUUGCUGAAAUAAAAUUAUUUGUAAUUGCCAAUAUUUAGCUCUCAUAUACACAUUUCAUUUGUGAUAUCAUUGUACAGCAUUCUCAUUCAAACUAUUUUGAUGAAAAAUGGUUAAGUAAAACUAAAAGUAAUUCAAAUGCUGGUAAAGUAUGUGAAUUACAAAAACAUUUUUAAAUUUGUUACAAAUAUUUUGUCGCUUUGUCGGGCUAUCAUAUUUAUUUCAUCUGCUCAAAGAAGUGUCAAGAUACCUGUAAUAUGGACUUGUGUCAUGCAUAAUGUUUUACUAUUGAUAUGAAUUUGUACAUCUCUUCUGUGAAAUGCAUUUUGGUCUUUAAAAGUUGUGAAAAUUAUAUUACACAUAUAUAUAUAUAUAUAUUGUAUAUAUAUUACAACAAUUUGUGUUUGGUCUAAGGUAAGAAAAUAUUACUUAAAGAGCCGGGUCAAAAUAAGUUGGUUUUAUUAAAAUAUUUGCUGAACAAGUUUUUAUAUCGAUUAAAAUGCAGUCACAAAAAUAUAUACAUAAAUGUAACUGAACUGUGAGCCAAAUGGAGCUAAAUCUAGAUUUCUGUAUUAAUAUUCUCUCUUCACGCCACUGAUUAUUAGCUUUUGAAUCUCAAGUAUGUACUCAAAGAUAUAGACAUAUAAACUGUUUGAGAAACUAAAAUCCUAAGUUAAAUAUUAGCUUAUCAUUUGUGGUCAACAACUCAUUCUUGCCCUAAUUAAAUAUUAUUCACCAUUUCAUCUGUGUUCCAAAUACUUGUGUGCUUCUGGAACUAUCAUCCAGGCCAUUUUUGCUGAUCUCGUAACAUCACAUCUGUCGCCACCGCUGCCAGUUACAUCUUAUUGCAUAGCUCACAAUGCUUGUAAAACAUUGGUUUCAUAAUAAAUAUCACCAAAGAA